GGCUCCACAACAUGUUUGCAUUUGUUCGAAUUUUGGGUUUGUUUUGAUUCUGAUCUGAUAGAAAUAAAAGAAUUCGAAAAUGGCUGAAGCAAUGGCCGAGGAAAAGCCAAAGGAUAGGCCCAGGGCCAACCGGCGCAAGGACAAGAAGGACAAGACCAGCCAGGUCGUAAAGAUUGUGAUGCGGCAUUUGCCGCCCACGAUGACAGAAACGGACUUCCUGGACCAGGUGGGUCCCUUGCCGGAGAACGACUCCUACUACUACUGCCAGGCGGACUGGUCCCUGGGCCAGGAGGCAACCUGUCGCGCCUACAUCGACAUGUCCAUGAAGGACAUUUCCGAUGUGCUCCAGUUCCGGGACCGAUUCGACGGCUACGUCUUCGUGGACAACAAGGGCGUCGAGUACAUGGCCAUCGUGGAGUACGCGCCCUUCCAGUGCUUCCUCAAGAACAAGUCCCGGAACGACGACAGCAAGGUGAACACCAUCGAAAGCGAGUCCCACUACCAGGAGUUCAUCCAGCGGCUGGCCGAUGAGCGUGAGGAGGCGAGUCGCAUGGGGGAGGUCAAGAUCGACUUCAGCUUUGACCGACGAGCGGACGAGAAGGUCAAGUCCACACCCCUGCUGCAGUACCUGGCCAACAAGAAGGAGAAACGCCGAGAGGAGGCACGCAAGCGGAACGAGGAGAAGCGCAAGCAGCGCGAGGAGCAGAAGCUGGUCCGCCUGGCGGAGCAGUCAGACGCCAGCAAGACCAAGGAGGCCGGAGGCGGUGGAGGCGACUGCAAGAAACCUGCCGGCAACAAUGCCAAAAAUGAUGGUAAGGAUCCUCCGCCUGCCGCAGCCCAAGGCAACGACGCUGCGAAGACCUCGCGCUCUAAGCGACGAACAGAGCGCGAUCAGCGGCGACGGGAGGAGCACGAACUGCGAAAGCUGGCCAAGCGGGAUAAGAAAAAGGAAGAAGUUCCGAUUAAACAAGAGAAGGGCGGCAAACCGUCCGGCGGCAGGCAGAACAAAAACUCAAAACCGAUGGACCCUGCAAGGCCAGACAAGGACAUCGUUAUUCUUAAAAAGGAAAACAAACCUGAGGUAAACGAUUUUGAUGAAAUGCCAAGUACUUCAAGAGCAGCGGCAGAGCUCAGGGAAAAAGCUAGGACUGAAAAAAACGAAAUCCCAGAAGCUGUAAAGACAUUCAUACAGGCCGCCGGCGGUCAUAGGAAUAAGGAAGCUAGCCGGGGACCACAGGAGGCAGCUACCUUCCGGGACACAGCUGCCGAGGAGGCCAUCAAGGCUGCUCAAUUCCGAGCUUCGGAGGAGCGGCGCAUCCGCAACAAGGAUCGCCCCUCGAUUGCCAUUUACCAACCUAAAGCACGCGUCCGCAUAGGAUCAGAUGAUAUGCCCCAAGGUACCGGAGGCAGAGAUGGUUCGGAUGGAGAGGCUUCCAUUGUCGAAGAGAAGACGGUUAAGAAAAACAAACGAUCGAACCGUCGCAACAAAUCAAAGCCCAAGGAGGUUAAGGAGAGUCAACUCGAGGAUCGGCGUGUUUCGAAGUCCUCGGAGAGCAGCAACAGUGUCAAAUAGCGAUAACGAAUUUUAUUGUUAAAUAAAUGUUGUACACAUGGUUCCAGCAGGACGGUCAAUAGAAGUCGUCCUCCAUUUCCAUCUGUGUA